AUGACCAGAGGAACUGUAAUAUUUUGCUAUUCUAUUACGUAUAGGUGGCAUGCUGUUGCUUCAUGGACUUGGGAUGCGCAGGAUGAAACAUGUGGGAUCUGUAGGAUGGCAUUUGACGGUUGUUGUCCUGAUUGUAAACUCCCUGGAGAUGAUUGCCCGCUUAUGUGGGGUGCAUGCAAUCAUGCGUUUCAUCUUCAUUGCAUCUUGAAAUGGGUGAAUUCGCAGACAACUCAAGCGCAUUGCCCUAUGUGUCGUAGGGAAUGGCAGUUUAAGGAAUGAAAUCAAACUGUAUGAGUCUCUCGUUGUGUGUGCAUGUUUUAGAAGUGUGCUGCUUAGACUCAAAAUCAGGUGGCGCGUUCACUCUAGAUUUUCCUAUCAUUUGUUAACAUUGUUUUAUGGUCAAAUGACUUGAUUUGGUCUCUUCAAAAUUUUCAUAUUCAUUCCAUAUCUCUGUGUAUAUACCAUUCAUAUGGGAUAAAGCAAUGAUUGGAAGCUCUAUGCAUGCUUUUUAUGUACUAGAUAUCAUGAAUUCUUCUCCAGAUUGUCUGGAUUAUAUGACACUACUUUUAACAUGAAGUGAAU